UUUGCAAAGUGGCCCCAACUUUAGCUAUCAGGAUGGGUUUAAACCUUAAGGCAGCUGAUUGUUUUUAGCAGCUCAGUUACAAAGCUUCUUUAACCUUGAGGCCACCAUAUCCAUGCAUACAUGAAGAGUGGAAAAAUGUGGUCUGCCUGGGGGGUUUUGCAUCGUGACCAUCAUGGGCAGUUAAGAAAAACAGUGAAAUCAUCUGUUGUGUGGAGGACAGAAGGCUAGUCAUACCCCAGAGCCUCCCUCCCUUCUCCCACUCAGGCUUCAUCCACAGUCCCAGAAGUUUCCAGCAUCAUGGCUGAGGAGGACUACGGCAGCUUUGUGGACUGGAACCAGAUGGGGGAGCUGGCCAAGAGCAGCGGGCCCACCAAGGUGGACUGUAAGGACUUAAAAGAGUUCAAACAGAUGGCUCGGCAGGGUCACUGGGCCAAAAACCACAAACUGCGGGCACAAGUCUAUCAGCAGCUCAUCAAAGCCAUUCCCUGUCGUACAGUUACCCCAGAUGCAGAAGUAUAUCGUGACCUCAUGGGAAAUCCAAGCAACAAGAAGUCCUCCUCCACGAUCCCACUGCCGGAGUUUGUGGAUGGAAAUCAGGUGCCCCGUUAUUGCCUGAAGCCAGAGGCAAUGACCUCAGCCCAUCGGAUCAUCUCCUGCCUGGCUGGACAGUUUCCAGAUAUCUCCUACUGCCCAGCGCUGCCCGCUAUCACUGCAUUACUCCUGCACUUCAGUAUGGAUGAAGCACAGUGUUUUGAGCAUGUCAGCCGCAUGCUGUCCUGCAACGAGCCAGGCAAACGACUACUGGACCAGACUUACCUGGCCUACCAGUCCAGCUGCAUGACCUUCGGUGAUCUGGCCAACAAGUACUGCCCAGCCGCCCACAAGCUGAUUGUGGCCACAGCCCAGGAUGUGUUGGAGGUCUACUCAGACUGGCAGCACUGGAUCCUGGGUGACCUGCCAUACAGCCAUGUGACUCGGGUCCUGGAUGUCUACCUGGUGGAGGGUUACAAAGUUCUGUACCGGGUCGCCUUAGCCCUGCUCAAGUUCUACCGCAAGCACAAGGCGGGGGCUCAGGGGGGCCAGGCGAGCCAGCAGCAAGACUCUGAGGGAGUCAGGAGGGACAUUCAGACAUUCAUAAAGGGCAUCGGUUCCACUGUCACACCUGACAAGCUGCUAGAGAAGGCUUUUUCCAUCCGUCUGUUUAGCCGAAAGGAGAUCACCUUGCUGCAGCUCACCAAUGAGAAGUCCCUGCAGCAGAAGGGAAUCACUGUCAAACAAAAGAGUCUUAGGAGGAAUGUGCAGCUGGCACUGAACCCUGAGACUUUCUCUUCAGAGAUUGUCAGUGCCAAGGAGAUGCGGGACAUCUGGUCGUGGAUCCCUGAGAGGUUUGCCCUGUGCCAGCCCCAGCUCCUUUUCACCACCUCAAGAGAUGGUUGCAGUCUCAACAGAUUCUACUCCCAUUGUGAAGGCUACGAACCCACUCUGCUCAUCAUCCGGACCACUGAUGGCGAUGUGUGUGGGGCCUUCCUCUCCACCGAUUGGGAGGAACGCAAGAGAGGAGGCAACAAAGUCAGCUUCUUUGGCACAGGGGAGUGCUUUGUCUUCAGGAUGAAGCCAGAAAUGGAGCGCUAUGAGUGGGUGGUGAUCCGCCACCCAGAGCUAGCCUCCUCCAUUAAGCCCCAGGGCCAGGAGGAUGUGGCCUCCGAGGUCCCAAACUCCGACAGCAAUAGCUUGCAGCAACCUGAGAAACCUGCUGGUGACCUGUCGCCCUUCCUCUCUGCUCGCCACUUCAACCUCAAUUCCAAGAACACUUCCAUGUUCAUGGCUGGCAACUUUGACUCCAUCAUAGUGGGUGGAGGUGACGGCAACGCUCUCUACAUUGACUCUGAGCUGAACCAUGGACGCACCGCCCACUGCACCACCUUCGACAACCCGCCCCUGUGUGCCGAGAACUUCCAGGUUUCCCUGCUGGAAGUGUGGGGCUUCCAGGAUGCCAUGCCCUCAUAAUGGGACAUACAUACAUGCUGUAAACGCAAACACAAACACAUAAUGUACGUACAUACAUACAAUGAUGUGUGCAAAUGCAUGCACACAAAAUCAGUAUUUCAGCAAAAGAUUUAAACACAGUUUAGAAAACGUCCAACAGGGGGGUUUGAGGAGAAAAACACAGAUUGAAAGAAACACCUCCGUCCAGCAAGUUCACAUAUCGUUGAAUAUUUUAUUUAUUAAUGCAGUUGUCCUUAUUUGAAAAUUUCAAAAGAAUGUGAGGGUUUUUUUGUUACUGUUUUUAUUGUAUUUACAGAUUUUCAUUACAUUGCAUUACUAUUUUUGUUAAUCCUUUUAUAGAGUCUGGUUAUAUGGAAAGAAACGUUUUCAGGAUAUGCUGUAGUUACAGCUACUAAAUGAUUCAGCUACUUAAGCUUUUUUUUCUGUUUAAAUAUCUGUUUGGUCCGCUGUGAUGUAUUCAUGUUUGUGAGGAGCUUGGAUGUGAAAUAUUUGAAUUUCAAGGUUUAUCCAUUUGUGCAACCUGGUCUAGCUCCAGUUGCCAAAGUUGUAGCUAGCUCUUCAAAGAAAAGCAUACAGUCCUGAAAAAAAAUCUAUGUAAAAAAAUUUACCCGGCCAUGUUGAUACAAUGAGGUUUACGAUGAUGUAUGUGAAGUCAAGCGUCCAUUUGGUAAAGAGUGUUUUUAAAUGUUCAUGUACCAAGACAAAGUCAGUCAAAUCCCACCAGAUCAUGUUACAUGAUUUUGGUUAAACCCGGUUGUGCUUCCCCACUAUAUUCAUUUCUGGGAGAUCCUUCAGUUAAGUUACUGUGUUGCUGUGCCGGUAUAUGUGUGUAAAUAUCAGUGAUGAAUGCCAGUGUAGCUGUUUUGCACCAUUUCUCUUAUCAGCUUAACUCUCUCAUGUGAAUGAUAUUGCAGCUUAAAAACCCCCUGUGUACAGAAUAUGCAUAUUUUGGUCAUUUGAAUGUGUGAGCUUUUUUUUUCCUCAAAGAACAAAUUAUAGGAUAUUUUUGGUUUACAGCAGGUAGUUAAGAUUAAUGCAGUGUGUUCAUCCCUCUUACAUCGCUCUGUUUCCUUGAUAUAUCCGUCCUCAGCCUUGUGAUAGUAUCAGCAGAAGUCCAAAAUUGUACCAUGUUGGCUGAAUGUUUUCUGGGUUGUUGAUCUGUAUGUUCAAGGUUGUGUUCCAGUGAAAUAUCAAAUGAGUAACUUACAGAUAUAUUGUACAUGUGAAAAUAUAGUAAUACACUUCCAGUAGAGCAAGUAA